UCAAAAAUUCUGAUAACCAUGACUCAUGUGGAUGCGGAGGGUUCCCUGAUGAAGACAUUAAUUGCAAUCAAGUUGAAGAAGAAGAAGAGCCAAAGAUAAAUUCUGAAAUAGUGGAAACCGGCUGUCCAUACAAAGAGAUGGAAAUAAUAAUCAAUGACAAUCGAAUGGUCCUGAGAAUUCAGCGUCUUCCACCCUCUCCAAAGGAAGAGUGGGAACCUCCAUGCGAUUGUCUUCCUGGGGGGGCCCCCCAAAAAACGGAGCCCCAAACUCAAAGAGUCAUUACAGCAGCUCCCAUUCCACCUCAUCAAUCCACCAAUCAAUCCCCACCGCUCGUUUCUUCAAGACCAAUCGAUCUCGUUGAUAAUCCCAACAUGUUUCUCCUCAAGAUCCGCAAGCGUUCGGAAACUAGUGAUAGAAAACGGGAGAAUCUUGACCUGGAAUUCAGAACCCCCAGGCCGUGGCUCCCAAAGCCCCCCGAGAAGAGAAAAAAAUCAUUUCGGGAAGAAUAUGAAGAACAAAAAGAGAAUCAAGCCAUUAGUGAAGACAAUGUGCCACCGACUAAGCAGAAAAAAUCGAAAAAAGGAAAAAAAUAGAAAUCCAAUUGUUUAAUGAAUUGAUCAUGAAACGAUGAAUGCAGCAAUCCGAUUUUCUACUGCAUUCUCCUCGAAAUUAUCUGAACAAUAAUCGAUAUCUUCUUUGACUACUGAAUUUCGACAGACCUCAAAUAGAGAUCAAUCAAAUGGUGUCUAUUGUGUUUAAACACAAUGCCCCAAGGUUCUUCAAGAAAGGAUCAGCUACUGGUGAUGAUCAGCAGAAUAACAGGUGCCAAAGGUACCUCCAUGCAAUAUCGAUAUUACAAAAUCUCUUUAAGCCAUUACCAAAAAAUUCCACACCUUUACACGAAAAAUGUAUAACCACUUCACGGAAUGAUUAAUGCACUGGCAGUUUAUUGCGUGGGUCGGACACUUAAGUUCCCAAGAGGUCUAUCACGAAAUUCCAAAAAUUUAUCAGGUUGGAAGGAAAUUUUCUCACGAGUCGAAGUAACUUUGGGUCAGGUGUUUUGUCAAUGUUGAAUGGUUGUGCACUGAUCGGGUCAUUCAUUCUGGUCUGCAGUCACCCGCCUACUACGAGCCCCAUUUUUAAGUAAGAAUAGCACACACUGAGGUCAUAUAGACUCAAUAGAAAAGGUAAAAAAGAAAAUCUCCAGUGAAAAAAUUGACAAGAGAAUAAAAACUAUUUCUCUUGCCGAGUGUAUUGUACUCGAGGCAAAAACGAUUAUGAUCGUUUAUGGUUGAUGGUAUUAUCCAUUGAAAAAGUAACAGUAGAUUGCAGGUGACAUUCCUGGCAUUAAUUUUAGAGGACAAAUUGUCGUGAUGAGUGAGGCAAACACUUUGGUGGUUAUCAGUGAUUAAAUUUG